CCCCAGUUUUACACUAGUGAUGUGAUGCGCGUCACACGCUGCUGCAGUGGGCCUGACAGUUUACUAUGUAUGUACUGUAUGUACAACAGUGCUACGAAGUACAGUACGGAGCUAUUAAUUCAUUGAUGCAACGAAAGUUACUUGGCAUUUUUAUUCCACGACCCUUCGCCCUCCCGGCCAUCCCCUUCGAAUUGCCGCUGCCUCCGGACCACGGCCGACCCAAUGCGGCGCGGCGCCCUUCUCAGCAACGCAUUGCGCGCCAAUGCCUCGCCGCCGUCGAAACCGCGUGCCCCGUCGCGCGCUCUCGUUCCGACUUGCUGCUACCCCAAGGAUCUCGUCGUAGCGACCCCGCGACAGUGCCAGCGCCGACGCAACCACACCUCGACUUCGCCCGAGCAGCAUCGACGCCAACACGAUCCGGGCGCCGCAACGGUAGUAGCCGCGCAAGCAACGUCGACGACGACGGCGGCGGCGACGACGGCGACGACAACGGCGACGACAACGAUCCCCACCGCCGGCAUCACCGCCGGCAUCACCGCUGCCGCCCCGCAUCAUGACGUGCUCGCCCCCUCGGCCGCGGCCGCGAACCCUCCUCCCACCACCCGCCCGCCGCCCCUCCAUCUCCCCAGCAAACCCGACCCGGCACCCCCUCUUUUCUCCCGCCCGGGCCUCUCCUACCUCUACGCGACGGGCGUAGCCUACCUCAAGUUCUACAGGACCGCCCUCCGCCACGUCGUCUUCACCAACACCCGCCUCCUCUACCCGUCUUCCUCUUCCUCUUCCUCUUCCUCUUCCCAUUCUCCUCCGUCUCCCGCCUCGCCCGAUGAUCCGCAGAGCGCGACACCGGGCGAGGUACCCGGCGCCGAUCGCCGGCCUCCGCCUCCGUUGCCGGGCACCCGGGCGCACCUGCACCUGCGCCUGCGCUGGCGGCACGACAUCCGCCGGCUGCCGCUGUUCGCGCUGAUCCUGCUCGUGUGCGGCGAGCUGACGCCCCUCGCCGUCCUCGCCCUGCCCCGCGCCGUGCCCCUCGCCUGCCGCAUCCCGCGCCAGGUCGAGGGCCUGCUGCGGACCGCCGAGUCCCGCCGGGCCGAGGGCAGGGCCGAGGCGGCUCGCUGGAUGGUGGCGGUGGCGGAGAGCAGCAGCAGCAAGAGCGGGAGGGGAGAAGAAGAAGAAGAAGAUGCGGAAGUGCCCGUCGAGGUCAUGGCCAAGGUCCUGGGGCUGACGGUGCGGCCGUGGACGCCCGCGUUCGUGCUGCGCCCGCGCGUCCUGCGCCGGCUGCGCUUCCUGGCCGUCGACGACGCCCUGCUGAUCCGGGCCGGCGGCGCCGCCGCGCUGGUGGGGGACGAGGUCAGGCUGGCGUGCGCCGACCGCGGCAUCGACGUGCUGGGGCGCGGGGAGGCCGAGCUGAGGGAGGCGCUGGCCAGGUGGCUGCGCCUGACCGACGCGACGAGGCUGGGGGGGGAGGGGAGGGAGCGGGCGGUCCGGAGGCUGUUGUUGGUGAGGGAUAGCGAGUGGCAGGAGGCGAAAAGGGAGGAGGAUGUCGCUUGAAUCCGGUACCCAUGACGGCCGGAGUGAUGUGUGUACAUACCUUUUUUUUUCUUCUGGUGUGUGUGCUACCAUGGAUCGCAUGUACGGGAUUUGGGGGGAAUAUACGGAAAUACGGACGUAAAUAGAGGCGUUCUGAAGGAGGGGAGAGUGAGAGGAACCUCCCGCCCUCCCGUGCACGUACUGGGUGUGUGAUUCCGUACUGCAUGUACUGAACAUAUCGUGCAUCGUGCAUCACGGUAUCUCGGGGCUACGGUACGCACACAUACACACCAGGACUCGGCAGGCCGGAAGACAUAUAGAAAAUAAUAGACUUGCCUGCACUUUGUAGCUGCCCUGACAGCGAUGCAGCAGCACGAUCUGCGUGACGUACUCGCGACUCGGCGUGCAAGACAUCACCAGAAUGCGUUGGAGGAACAAGCUUCGAAUGUUGAGGUAGCAACGGGUUUCCGGAAUAGGCAGGUAAUCGGCUACUGUUCUCGGUAGUCGUCUGACGCGU